AGUUUCGCAGGCAGCCCGCAGCCUUGCAGGAGGGAGGCAAGCGCAGGGACUGCCUGCCCUGCGCACAAUGGCCAGGCGCGCGCAGGAAGCAUGCCGGAGUUGGAACCGCGAGAGCGAGACUAAUCAGCCGCCGCGGUGCCUUGCGUUCAUAGUAGACGGGGCCCGUCCUGGUCUCGGGCCCCUGUUUCCGUCCGCCGGGCGGAGCUGCCAGGGAAGCAAGCGCCAAGCGGCCGCGUGCCAUGCCCGGGCGGCCGCGGCCUUGUUUCGAUCGGGCGGAGCGCCCCCCGGUUGUGCCGGGCCGGGGGGCCUCUGUUUCUUUUGGUUUUCUUUGCAGGGCAGGCACGCAGCGGCCGGCGCGAUGCACGGCGGCCGGCCUUUUUCUGUGUGAGUCGGUGGAGUGUGUGGGCGCGCAGGCUCCGCCCUCCCCCGCGCCUUGCAAGGCCGGCGGAGGUUUCGGAGGGAGAUUCGUUGCAGCCCCCUGUCUGUGCCAGCGCGCGGGUGUGUAUGGGGUGGCGCGUCUGGCGUAUUGCAAACGGCCCUCGGCGCCGCCCGAGCGCCCUGCGUGGGUGCGUGGGUGCCCGGAAGUCACUUAAUGGCGUCAGUUUGCUUGGCCUUUUGAUUUCGCCCGCGCGCGCGCGCCCGCCGCCGGUUCAUUUCGGUGAAACUGAAACUGAGAGCCAGCCCCCUGCCCUCUGUUCAAUUAG